UGGAUGCCAACAUGUCAAAGUUGUGCAUUAAAAGUUUGACCCUAUUAACGUGAAAUAAGCGAAAUGGAAUUUAAAAAGUAUUCUGUGUUGUGAUAAAUAUAUAUAUCUAUAUUCAUUGACAUCGUGUUGCUAAAACAAUAAUCAGAGUAUUAAUUAGUUAUAGGUUUCCAAACUAUCUACUUGUCGCGUUAAUUGUAAUUUACUGUGUACUGUACUACAAAAUGUCUAAAGUACUUGUACUGUUGUAGCAGUAGUAGGGAGUCUUGCAAGUUGCAACUUCGUAGUUGUACUAUUUAGGGUUAACUGCCACCAGUUAAGACAAGUAUUGUUUUAUUAAUUAGUUUUGUACUGUAUUCAUUAAAAUCAUUCAUUCGUUGGGUAGUUUUUGUUUUAAUUAAGCCCCUUUUAUUUUUUUCCAUUUAAGAAAUAUAUUUGCAUCUCUGGGCUAUGGAUUUUUACUAUUUUGUUCGAGAGAGUUGAAUAUUACAAUAGAAUGAAAAGAAUAUAAUUCUUCAAAAUUUGUAACUUUUUUACAUUCUUCAUCACAUAAAUUAUAUUAACUCUCAGAAUCUGGGCAGAAGUUUUACAAAAACAAAAACUUGAAUAAGAAUGAAGAGUGAAAGUGAUUCAGAGUCUGAUGUUGCAUAUUCAACUAAUACUAAUAGGAGAGAACAUCAUGAAAAUGAUUUGUAUGAAAGUGACCUACAGCUAGCAGCAGAACUGGGAAAGACUCUGCUGGAAAGGAAUCAAGAGCUGGAAAACAACGUACGUCACCAGCAUCUAGUGAUUGCAGAAAAGUCGAAGGAGGUAGAACUAUUAACAAAACAGGCGUCAGCUCUUCGUGAAGUGAAUGACUCUCGGUUGAAGAUAUAUGAGCAGUUAGAAAGUAGUAUUGCUGACCUAGAACGGACCAAUCAGCGACUGCAAACAGAAUCAUCAGAAGACAAGAAGAGAAUUAAAAGUCUCUGUAACAGUAUUGAAACUCUAGAAAAGAAAUGUGAAGAACUUCAAGAACUAGCGGAUGAAUUAAAAAAGCAUCAGUUUAUCAGUCAAAAGAGAGUUCUGAGUCUAGACAGUGGUUUUCAUGAUGAUACAUUCUCAGUACAUCAGGAUAUUUGUGUUGAUCAAGAGGUGAUAAAGCUUCGGGCUUCAGCUUCCAAACUCAAAAGUCAAUUGGCCAGAGAACAACAAGAAAAGUUGGAUCUGCAAACUGAAAUUGAAAUACUGAUACAAGAGAAUGUUCAUCUACAAUAUCAGCUUCAGCUUUUUCAGGAAGAAGUAAAAUCCAGUUUAGAUAUUGAGUUACAGACAGAAAUUGCUAAUAGAAAUGACAACUGCCCAGACUGCCAAUUUACACUUCCAGUCAUUGAUGGGGAAGAAACUAAUGAAAACUUGGACUGUGAUGUAGAAGCUGAGGAAGUUGCUGAGAUUGGAGAGUGUACUCUGGUCCAGUUGAGAAAUGGUGUUUUGGCUUACGGUAGUCAGGAAUCCCUACUGCCACUUUCUUGUGCAAUGGAAUCUAAAAUUCACAGUAGUAAUAUCCACAAAGGUGUGUCUCUUUUGAGUGAAUUGGAUGCUCAGUACAGGGACCUUAUUGAUAAGUAUGAAAAUAUCUUAAGCUCUCACAGGUAUACUCUGGAGGAAACAGCUGCCCAAAGUUCUGACAUAGAAGGUUCAAAGAGUGCCAAUAAAAUUGAUGAUGAAACGACCAACAAUUGUAAGCUUGAUGCCAAACAACCAGGAAACGAGUUGACUGCUACAUUGCAUUGGUCUUCAACUUUACCAGAAUUCUCAGGAGCCAAGUCGGGCAUUGAAGAACUGUCAGAAGUUGGAGAUUCUUCACUCUCCUCUGGGUUUUCUGAGAGUUCAGAACGUGGAAUGAUUGAUCAACAAGUUCAAACUGAACAGUUGUUUGAAACUGGAAGAGAAGAAACUGCUUUUCGGAAAACCUUGGACUUGUCUUCAUCAUCUAAUUGUUUAAAUGGUCACUUCAGUCAUAGUCCUCCUGAGUACAAGCGCUUGUUUGAGGAAAUAUUUGCUGUUUUGAAAAAGUCCCUUCAUUCAGACCUGGAAGCUAACAAACAACUACCUCUAACUCCUUCAUUAGAGGAAGGCAUUCAAAUAUCAAAUGAACAGCCAAAAAUUAACAAGCUUUCUCCAACCAAGGUUUCUCUUAUCUCUCAGCCAAAAUCUAACACAGUUGGUUUUAAUAGUCCUCACCUUUCUGCAGAGAGUAAAUUGUUAAAAAAUAAACCUUUAGAUGGUAAGUUUUCUAGACGGAUGGAAAUUAUUGGUAAUCUCAACAGUAAAUCACCUGACUGUAAGGUGUCCAGAAACCCUGCUUGGUUGUCUGUUCAAGACUUUUUUCUUCCUAAGCCAUUUUCACAUCCAACAUUCAAGGCUAGGCUUGCUGGAAAUCUGACCUAUGCAGAUGUUCUGAAGAAGGGACGGCACAUUUGUAAAACAGGAACUUACCGUAACAAAGACAAACCAUAGAUGUGGUAUAAGAGAUUGAAUUAAUGAUGUUUUAUUAUUUGAAUUUUUUUUCAUUCUACAUAGGUUGAGUUGUGAAGGAACAUGAGAAUCGAUAUAUAAUUUGUACCUAACCUACACAUUUAAAGUUAGUGUCAUACCUUGUUUACCAGUUUUGGGACUUUUUCUUUAAACAAAGCACCUAAAUUCUUCGCAGAUUUUAGAAAGGAUUUCAGAUGUUGCAUAUUUGUUUGCUUUUAUAUAUUUGUUCACCUAUGGUUUCUGUUGUAGUAAAGUUGUUUUUUCUGUUUUUUCAAUGAUUGCAUAUUUAUAAAAUAACCUGCUGUUGAUUUAUGGUUGUACUUUUUUUUAAAUGCUUGUUUUUUUCAUAUUGAAGAACAAAUAUGAGGUUUUUCCUCACUCUAAACCACAGUUUUCACAUCUGUCUGUUAUCAGUUUCAUUGUAAUUGUUCAUGUAAUGCAGAAAUUAUUGUAAACCCCAUUUUAGGAACCUAAAUGACUGCUUAUUGUUUAUUUUCAUUGAAAAUUCUUGUAAGUGGAUAUAAUGAAAUAUCAAAAAUCAUAUAUUUUUAGAGCACUUAUUUUAGAAGAAAUGCAAUUAUUACUAAAAAGAAAGUGUCCUUUACGUAAUGAUAAAGAGCUUUGUUAUGAACAACUACAUAGAGCUGUGCUAAAUAUUAGUCUUACAAUAUACCAAACUCCAUUUCUUUAUCUGACUAACAUGCCUGAAAACAUUACUGAAAAGCUUUAAUGCCAUUUUAUGUAUGAUAAAGUUUUAGUUGCAGACUACAUAUUGAGUUGUAGUAUAGCUUUGAUUUUAACCAUAACUGGGCCUUUUACACUCAGGACAUGAUUACACAGCCCAUACAAGUAGUAGUUCCCUUGUGUCUUCCCCAUCUUGAAAAAAUAGAAUAUUGAUAUGGGCUAACUUGAUGCAGAUCUGUAGCACUUGUUGAAUUCAGAUAAGCUGUGAAUAAAUGUAAAACUAGAAAGGUACUCGGAGGAUGCAACUCCCACCCCACAAUGUUUAGUUUUGCAGUAACCAAUCUAAAAUGUACACCAAACAAUUCUGCACCUACAAAAAUAUUGGUCUAGGUGUCAGUAUCCUCUUUCUAGCUCAGUUUGUUCUCCUCAAGUUUUGAUUUUACAGAAUCCGUGACUUGCUACCAUUGUAAUGAAAGUAGUUAACCUUUAAUGUGAUUGUGAUUUGAGAUACAUUCCCCAAAAAUUAACCAACUAGUCCUUCAGGGACACUUAUGUUUGGCACCAAAUUUUAUCAAAAUUGGAUGCAAACAUUCCAAGCUAUACUGUUCAUACAGACAGGCAAACAGGAGAGUAAACAAUACCUUUACCAUUGGUGGUGAGGAUGAAUGUAUAUAAUUAUCUAUUGUAAAACAGCAGUAUAUUAUAGUCAAAUUAUGUAGGUUAUUACAUUAACUAUCUUAAUGUACCAGUUUUGACAGAAGCUUAGGCAUUAAAAAGCUUUUUUUUUUUUUAUUAAUUAAAAAUACUGUUCUUGCUACUUAUGACAUGUUUUGGUGUUAUAUGAAUUUUUAGAUAACUUGAUAUUAAAAAAACAAUUUUUUGAUGAUACAAAAACAAAACUAAGGCACAUCCACAAACCUGUUCCAAUCAAGAGUGGUGUAUUUUCUUCAUUAAUGUUAAUGCCUAAAUUAACCACAAACAUAAAGUUUUAAAUGCCAAAAGUGAAUAGUAUCUGCAGUUAUUUCCAAUUCUUGUAUUUUAGAAGUGUUUUAAAUCAAAUAUUGCUUUUCUUGAAAAAAAAGUCAUAGUUUAAAAUUGACAUUAAAAUGUUAAGAUUAUACAUGCCCACGAAAGACAUCAAAUGACAGAACAUGAAAGAAAUUAUAUGUAAUAUACAAGAGAGUACAUUGUAACUGAAAAAAGGAUACUACUUAGUUGAAUGUAACCUAUUAAUGAACCUGGUGAUUAAUCAGUUAGCAAAUUCCAUUAAUUGCCUAGCUCUAAGUGGAACACCAGUGAGAACAUGAACUGACGUUUUUUAGAUACAAUGAUACAAAGUAACAAUGGCAACUAUGAAUUUAAGGUGUAUCAAAGAAAAGAAAUUUGCUGGUUUAUCUUUUAACUUUAAAGCUUAUGAUUGAUCCAUUGUGCUUAUAAAACCAUUACCACAUGUAUAUAUUUAUAAGGACUUUGGAAACAUCAAAAUGUUUUUUAACAAAAUUGGCUUUCCGAAUAAUACUGUUGAUAACAUUAUAUAUGUGGGUAAAUUCAGUACUUCUAAACAUUUACGUUGGAAUGUAAGCAGUUUUGGUCUUGGAGCUUAUUUUUCAUUAGUAUACAACUUUAAAAGCAUGUGGAAAAUAACUUUGCAAUAAAAUUGUUGGGAGUGAUUUUUUUCAAAGAAAAAGUAGGAUUAAAUAUGAGAAAUUUUUACAUAAAAUUUAUUUUUAAGACUAUUCUGCUUUCUAUGAAUAUGUUAAGUUGAAAUUGAUCACUAUGGUGACAAACUUAGUGUCAGACCUGUCAUUAGCUGUUUAAUUAUACUGAUAAUUCCUGAUAAACCAAAAUCUUAUGAUUUUGCUAGUUAUACCAAUUGUUUUUGAUACUGUUUAACAACGUACAGAUCGGUUUUAUCAAACUGAUUGAUCGCUUCUUCACACACCAUACAUUGAUUUUAUCUCUUCAUCCUCAUCAAAAUAGAAAAAGUAUUGUAAAUUUAGUAGAAAUGUAUGAAAUGACAAAACAGCAUGAAAAGUACAGAAAUGAUGAAUCCACUUUGGGUACUGUAACAGUAUAUAUACGUAUAUUUAUUUGGCAUCACCAUCUGUGAAAACGGUAUAAAAUAUGGGAAUUAUAGAGCCACUUUGAGUACUGUAAUCAGAAAUAUUUUGUGCUAUAUAUAUGUCACUAUCUAUUAAAUCAGCAUAACAAAUCAUAGGAAUUAAAGGGCCAAUUUUGGCUCUGUAACCAUAAAUGUAUAUCGUUAUAUAGAAUUGUAUUCUAAACAAACGUGGAUAGAAAUAUAUCCGCAAACUACAUGAAGUAUGUAGCAAGGAAAUAGACUAAAAACAUUUUU